AUGCUUGCCAGCGACCCGUUCAAUGACUCCGUGAAGGAGCUCCGAGAGGUUGUGGUGCGAGCGAAGCUCAUUAAGCAGCAGUUGACGCAGAAGGGCGUAAUCUCUCCGUCGAGUAUGGCAGAGCUUCGCGAUGCCAAAGAGACCGCGGAGGAAAUGCUGCAUUUCCUGAAAGAAAUGCUCCGUGUCGUCGACGAGCGCGGUGGCAAGGUGCAGGGCAAGGUGUUUUCUGCGAACGAAAUUAUGGAGCGACAAAAUAUUGUACGUAGUCUUGAAGGGGAUGUGGGGGAAGCUCGCAGUUUCUACGAAAAAAUUGCGGCAUCUGCCGCACAGAGGCAGCGAGUGACAGAAGCGGCUGUAGGUAGCCCUGCUGAGAGCUGCGGCGUUGCGGCGGACGGGUUUAUAUCUGCGCAGGCAUUUGCUCAGCGCGAGGAGGAAAAGGUUCAGGACGAGGUGCUAGACCGACUCACCUUUGGACUGCGCGAAUUGCGCGAAACAGGCCUCCACAUUCACGAAGAGCUGGACACGCAGGAGGCCAUGCUCGACAACGUUGAUCGCGACAUCUCAGGAGUCCAGGUGCGGCUGCGCGCCGCAAAUGCGAAGGUUGACAAGCUCCUUGCAAGCAUGUCAAACAAGGGCAAGAUAUGCACCAUCGUCAUGCUCAUUUUCAUUCUCGUCUUCCUCGCAUUCUUUGGCUUUGGCUGA